GCAGAAUGUAAGCGGUGAAAUUGGUAGAAGAAUCUCUCAAGAAACAGCGGCAAUGGCGAAAGCAAAGCAAAGCCGCGGAGAAGGGAAGCAUUUCACUGACAAUUUGCCUCUCAAAAACCAAACAAAACAACACAACACUUUCAAAGGAUAAAACCCUCGAAAUUCCCAAAUUCCCAGUUCUCUUUUUGCCCUUUUCAUUUCCUCCUAAUUACGCUACCUUAAUCUCAGUCUCCUCCUCCUUUCAUAUUCUCCGAUGGUGAAAUCCGCGGCGGAGCGUCAGGGAUCGUCGGUGGCGCCAUUUCUUAAGAAAUUGUACGACAUGGUUGACGAUGAUUCCACUAAUUCAAUUAUCUCCUGGACUUCUUCCCAUGAUAGCUUUACCAUUUUGGAUAUUACCCAAUUCUCUCUUCACGUGCUUCCCAAGUACUUUAAGCAUAGCAAUUUCUCUAGCUUCAUGCGCCAGCUUAAUAUCUACGGUUUUCGGAAAAUCGAUACUGAUUGCUGGGAAUUUGCAACUGAUGGAUUCAUUAAAGGACAAAAACAUCUGUUGAAGAACAUUUACCGAAGGAAAAACAUCCAGGGCACAGAUCAGCGUAGAGCAUCACAGCCCCAAGACAAUUCCGAUGGACAAGUUGAACUACCUGAUUAUUCAGGGCUAUGGAAGGAAGUUGAGAAUCUUAAAAUAGAUAAAAAUGCCGUAAUGCAGGAAUUGGUUAAACUCAAGCAGCACCAGGAAACUUCAGAGAACAAGUUGCUUCUAUUGAGAGACCGCCUUCAAGGUAUGGAAAAGAAUCAACAGCAGAUGCUGUCAUUUUUAGUAAUGGCAGUGCAAAGCCCUGGAUUUUUGGUUCAGCUUCUUCAACCAAAGGAAAAGAAUUGGCGCAUGGCCGACACUGGCAAUAUGCUAGAGCAAAUACCAGAUGAUAAUCAAGUACCUUCAAAUGGUAUGAUUGUCAGGUACCAACGACCAUUAGAUGAACUGUCAACAACUCUACUUCCAGCAGUGACAGGUCCGGGAAAACAACAAGAAUCUGAUCCAUUCCCUGAUGGAAUGAAAGACUUUUUCCUUAAUUCUGACUUCAUGAAAGUGCUUAUGGAUGAAAAGUUGUGUUUAGACAAUCAUAGUCAAUUUGUUCUUCCAGAUGUACAAGAUGUUGCAUGGGAGCAGCUUCUUCUAGCGAGCCCUUUUUCUGGGAAUUCAGAUAAUGGUAGAAAAAUAGACGAUGAAAGGAGACAUAUGGACGAUGAGGACGAUGAACUGGAUAUGGAAACAAUCGAUACUCAAACACAUGAAGAGAAUUCCCAAGACUUUGAACUUCUAAUCAGGCAAAUGGAGAAAUGUGAAGAUUUUGAGAUACAACCAAGGUUGGAUGAAUCUUAUAUCGAGAAAUUGAAUACUGUUAAUCUUCUAACCCAACAGAUGGAGCCUUUGGCAUCUGAUCAAGAAAUCCUAUAUGAAACAGCAGACAAGAUACAAACCCGUUAAAAGAACAAUACAUUUUGGUUGGGUUCAUAAGACUUCAUCAAUAUAAGAUCUCAAAGAUCAAUAUAAGUUCCUUUUUUUGUCUUCACUAUCCACACUAAAUAGCCAUUGGUUGACUAUGAAGUUAAGGUGAUUAAGCUGCUGCCAUUUGAAUAUCUUGAGCAAAGUAUUGCAUUUCAAACAGGUUUAUGGAAUUUCAGCCAUCUUUUUUCUUGGUGCUACUACAAGGUAAUGCUUUUGUUUCAACUUUCAAGCAUUAUAUCUUGUAGGCCUUGAUAUAUUUUAAUCAACACAUAGUAUAUAGUAUCAGUUUUGUA